AUGGCAAGCCUACGCAAAACGCACCCCCUAAUCAAAAUUGCAAACGACGCAUUAGUUGACCUACCAACCCCGUCCAACAUCUCAGUAUGAUGGAAUUUUGGAUCCCUACUAGGCCUUUGUCUCAUUACCCAAAUCCUGACGGGACUAUUCCUAGCGAUACACUAUACCUCUGACAUCUCAACCGCCUUCUCUUCCGUUGCCCACAUCUGCCGAGACGUAAGCUAUGGGUGACUAAUCCGUAGUGUACAUGCUAAUGGAGCAUCAUUCUUCUUCAUUUGCAUUUACAUACAUAUUGCCCGAGGACUAUAUUAUGGGUCAUACCUCUAUAAAGAAACCUGAAACAUUGGUGUUGUUCUCCUCCUAUUAGUAAUGAUAACCGCCUUUGUCGGGUAUGUACUCCCAUGAGGACAGAUAUCAUUCUGAGGUGCUACAGUAAUUACCAAUCUUCUAUCCGCAGUCCCUUAUGUGGGGAAUGAGCUAGUCCAAUGAAUCUGAGGGGGAUUCUCAGUAGAUAACGCAACCCUAACACGAUUCUUUGCCUUCCACUUCCUACUGCCCUUUGUAGUCGCCGCAGCAACUAUCAUUCACCUUCUUUUCCUGCACGAAACAGGAUCCAAUAAUCCAGCAGGAAUCAACUCAGACGCGGACAAAAUCUCUUUCCACCCCUACUUUUCAUACAAGGAUCUCCUGGGUUUCGCAGCCAUGCUAUUAGCCCUCACCUCCCUCGCGCUAUUUUCACCCAACCUACUAGGAGAUCCAGACAAUUUUACCCCCGCAAACCCCCUGGUAACCCCUCCUCAUAUCAAGCCGGAGUGAUAUUUUCUGUUUGCCUACGCCAUCCUUCGAUCCAUUCCCAACAAACUAGGUGGUGUUCUAGCAUUAUUGUCCUCCAUUCUUGUAUUGAUAGUGGUACCCGUCCUUCACACCUCCAAGCAACGAGGACUAACAUUUCGCCCGGCCACCCAAUUCCUAUUCUGAACCUUAGUUGCUGAUAUGAUUAUCCUAACAUGAAUUGGAGGAAUGCCAGUAGAACAUCCGUUUAUUGUUAUUGGACAAGUUGCGUCCGCCCUAUACUUCGCCCUAUUCCUAAUCUUAACCCCGCUAGCCGGGUGAUUAGAAAACAAGGCACUAGAAUGAGCUU